UUUGGAGGGGCGUUUGAAGGCGACUGCCAUCAUCCAUCGCAAGCGGAGGGAGGGGGCUUGUUUUUAGCAGCAAGGUCGUUCUUUGUGUCAAAAAAUUCUUAGUUCUGUUGUGACGAUACUCAGUUUAUAAUAAUACAGUGAGUGUUUGUGUUCCGUCGCAAAGGUCGUUGCGCGCGUAUGUCGUCCGUAGUCGAUAGUAAUUAAACAGACCCGUACACUUCGAACGUUCCAAUGAGUUUGGGAGGAGGACAAAACACAGAUGGAUCAAACGCAGGAGGAAUAUUUGUUCAAUUUAACCAGGAUUGCACAUCACUGGUGGCCGGCAGCAGCCAAGGCUACCACCUGUUCGCGCUGACCCCCGACGAUGGGGUCGAGGAAAUAUAUGCGUCCCGCUCUGGCCAGGACACCUGUCUCGUCGACCGGCUGUUCAGCUCCAGCCUCGUCGCCGUGGUCACCGUCGCUGCGCCCAGGAAGCUGAUAGUGUGCCACUACAAGAAGGGCACGGAAAUAUGUAACUACAGCUACAGCAAUACCAUUCUCGCCGUCAAGCUCAACCGCUCGCGGCUGGUGGUAUGCCUCGAAGAGUCGCUACACAUCCACAACAUCCGCGACAUGAAGAUCCUCCACACGAUCCGCGACACGCCGCCCAACCCGCGCGGGCUGUGCGCGCUGGCCCCGGCCGCCGACCGCUGCUACCUCGCCUACCCCGGCUCAAGCGCCGUCGGCGAAGUACAGAUCUUCGACGCGGUGCACUUAAACGCUAAAUGCGUGCUUAGCGCGCAUGAUUCCGGACUAGCUGCCUUAGCUUGGAGCUCAUGCGGGCGGAGACUAGCGACCGCGUCCGAACGCGGAACAGUUAUAAGAGUAUUUGCUGUACCUGAGCGAGUACGCCUGUUUGAAUUCAGGCGUGGAGUGAAGAGAUGCGUGUCGAUUUCGUGUCUGGCAUUCAGCGCGUGCGGGACGUUCCUGGCGGCGUCGUCGAACACGGAGACUGUGCACGUGUUCCGUUUGGCGGAGCCGCCGACGCCGCCCACGCCGCAGCCCGGCGCGGAGACCCCAGCGGGCGGGGCGGCGAGCGGCGCGUCGUCGUCGGCGACGGCGUCGGCGGGCGGCGCCGGGGGCGCUGGGGGCGGCGCGGGGGAGGCGGAGGGCGGCGGCUGGCUGGGCUGGCUGUCGUCGGCCGUGGCGGCGGGCGCGGGGCUGCUGCCCGCGCAGGUGGCCGACGUGCUGGCGCAGGGCCGCGCCUUCGCCGCCGCGCGCCUGCCCAUCCAGCCCAGCCGCGCCAUGGUGGCCAUCACCAACGUGGGUCGCGCCCCGCGGCUGCUGGUGGCGACGGCGACGGGCGAGCUGUUCGUGUACGCGCUGGACGCGGCGGACGGCGGCGAGUGCGCGCUGCUGCGCACGCACCGCCUGCUCGAGCCGCACCCGCACCCGCACCACCGAGACCAGCAGGCGCCGCCGCUCGAUGCGCAUGAAGCGGAGGGUGCGGGCGGCAACAGUUACGCGGGCGCGCUGCGUGGCCGCGACCCCGCCCGGAUGUCAGACUCGGAGCGGGACUCGGAGCUGGGCGCGGCGCUGGAGGGCUCGCCGCCGCGCGGGCCGUUCGACCUGCGCGACCCCAAGCACUUCCCGCCCAUGCGCGUGCAGCCCAGCCAGCCCACACAGGACUAGACCACCACACCCACACACCACACACAGCCUAGAGAACGAGCGUCACCGUGCCGCCCUCAACCUCAAAUUCAUAAGUCGGGUUGUGUGAGCAAAGGACCUUUUAUUGAAACUUGAUCUGUUCACUCAUUUGAGAGAUGAUUUCGUUUUUAUUUACGGUCAUAUUUCGAGCCUCAACAAAAUGUAUUAGACGGGUUCCUUCGUCUGGGGUA